CGGAACUUGGUCAAGUGUAAAAACAACAACAAACCGGUGUCAGCAGCAUUUUUGCAUGCAUGCGCUACACACACGAUCGCAGUUUCGAAACCAGUCCUCAUCUCAAGCUGGCAUAUCAAGAUGGCGCGGACUUGCCACGUAGCACUAACUUCCGCGGUGAUUUUCAUCACUUUACUGUCCUUUGUCUCCAUUGCUUUCUCGCAGUCUGAAGGAGAAGGCAAAUAUGGAAAGCUUCUCGUGGUUACCAUAGCAACUGAAGAAACUGAUGGGUUCAGGAGGUACAUGGAUUCUGCCGAGGCAUUUGGACUUAAUGUGAAGGUGGUAGGAAUGAACCAAGAAUGGAAGGGCGGUGACAUAGAACACUCUCCAGGUGGAGGCUUCAAGAUCAACCUCCUAAAAGAAGCUCUAGCACAGUAUGAAGAUAAUGAAGAACUUGUCAUCAUGUUUACUGAUAGCUAUGAUGUGAUCUUCUUGGCUGAUGCAGAUGAGAUUUUAAGGAAGUUCAAGGCAUUCCAAGUGAAUCUCCUCUUCUCGGCAGAGACCUACAUCUGGCCGGACCAAUCUCUCGCGGACGAGUAUCCUCCAGUUGAGAAUGGCUACCCGUAUCUCUGCUCUGGUAUCUACAUGGGGUACGCCUCCUACAUCUACAAAGCUCUUACCUACAAACCUGUGGAAGAUUUGGACGAUGAUCAGCUUUUCUUCACACAUCUCUUCCUAGAUUACAGGGAAAGUUGGAAUAUAAAGCUAGACAAUCCAGCUGUUAUCUUUCAAAACAUCAAUGGGGCAAGAGGUGAUAUAAAGCUGAGAUUUGAAGGGAAAAACAAUCUCCUCCACAACACAAAGUAUAACACAGUUCCCUGUGUCUUACAUGGCAAUGGCCAAAGUAAGAUAUACCUGAAUCAUCUGGCCAAUUAUCUCCCCAAUAAAUGGACCUUUGAUGGAGGAUGUCAAAACUGCGAUUUAGAAAGGUUCAAUCUUCAAGGGUUACAGGUUGAAGAAUAUCCGACUGUAGUGAUUGCUGUCUUCAUUGGAGUCCCGACGCCAUUCUUUGAAGAAUUCUUAGAUCGCCUCGCCAAACUGAACUACCCAAAGAACAAAAUAGACAUCUUUAUUCAUAACAGGGCAAUGUUCCAUUAUCACAUGCUAGAAAAGUUCAGAGCGGAGAAGGGUCCUCUCUAUAACAACAUCAAGAUUAUCCUCCCUGCAGAAUCCUUGAGUGAUGCCGAAGGAAGAAAUCGUGGAGUGGAUUAUGGUAUAAGUAAGGAAUGUCAGUAUUAUUUCUCUGUGGAUUCUGAUGUACAACUUACCAAUCCCGAUGUCCUAAGGCUUCUUAUGGAAACUAACAAGGGGAUUGUAGCCCCACUGGUUUCCAAGCCAGGUAAGCUAUGGUCAAACUUCUGGGGUGACCUGAACAACAUGGGGUACUACGCUCGUUCAGACGACUAUGUAGACUUAGUCAGGGGAGAUAGGAGGGGCAUCUGGAAUGUGCCAUACAUCAAUAAUAUCUACUUGGUAAAAGGAGAACUUCUGCAGAAACAUCAUCCUAAUUUCAAGGGAGAGGAGGAUCUUGACACUGAUAUGGCUCUGGGCAUCGAUCUCAGGAGCAAGGGAGUCUUUAUGUACCUGGUAAACAUGGCGGAGGAGUACGGUCACAUCAUUACCUUGGAUAACUACGAGACUACCCAUCUACAUAAUGAUAUGUGGGAGAUUUGGAACAAUAAAGAGGAUUGGGAAGCUAAGUACUUAUCCCCUGAAUAUUUUGUAGUCAGAGAGAUGGAUAGAAUGAACAUGACUAUGCCAUGCACCGAUGUAUACACAUUUCCACUCAUGUCAAGAACGUGGGCCAGAGAACUUAUAGAAGAAAUGGAGAAUUUUGGCCAGUGGUCAGGAGGUUCUAAUCAGGAUAAAAGAUUAGCAGGCGGAUACGAGAACGUACCUACGCGUGAUAUCCACAUGAAUCAAAUCGGUUUUGAACAGCAUUGGUUGUAUUUUCUCAGAGAAUAUGUUGUACCAAUCUGUGAAAAUGUUUAUCCGGGCUAUUAUUCAAAGGCAUAUGCAAUAAUGAAUUUUGUGGUGCGGUACAAGCCGGAGGAGCAGCCUUUUUUACGACCCCAUCACGAUUCAUCUACAUACACCAUUAAUGUAGCACUCAAUGAACGUGGGAAAGAUUUUGAGGUAAGUCUGUUUUUUAACCCUGAAACUGCUACCCCUUACCGUUUUCUGCGACCAUUCUGUGGCCUGAAGUUUUUUUUACCAUGUUGCUAGCUGACUUUUUACUUUCUAGUCCUAUGCAUCUUUUGAGACCAAGCUUGAUGAAAACAAUAAUUGAUUAUGGAUUUUAGACAUAACAGGCAUUUCUUUGAGGGAAAUGUUCAAAUAUGGCUAAAAUAUCAAAUACGUCAACUUACAUCACAUCACCUUUCUUGUAGACAGCAUUCAAGAAGUCACUCAUAUGUAGAACUAAUAAGACAUCUGCAGGGGCCCGUUUCAUAAAGAGUUACAACUGUUGUAACUUUGCCAUUAUGGCAACUACCAUGGUAACCUCGGUUUUGAUUGGCUGCUGAGCCCUGUUGCCAUGGUAGUUGUCAUAAUGGCAAAGUUACAACAGUUGUAAACUCUUUAUGAAACGGGGCCCCUCACGCCCCUGAUCAUGUGACCUCAUAAACAAAGUACUGUCCACAUUGCAUGGGGUGGGGGGGGGGGGCGAUGCUUGCAUGAAUAAACCACAGCGUUGAGUAGAUUGUGGUGAUAGUUCCAUGUCGUUUGCUCCUGUGGCGAUUGCUCCUAUUUAAAAAGAACAAAUUACUCCAAACAUAAACCUGAGAUUUAAACCUUACCUUAACCUUUAUCCUAAUCAUCACAUGGUUCUGAACCAAAUCCCCUUUCACAGCUCUAAACCUCCCCUUAUAUCUUCAGCGAUAUUACCAGAGGAGCAAUUGAUAGAAGAGCAAAUGAUGUAUUGCUGUAGUGACAUGUAUGUGUCAUUUGAAAAUUCACCAGAAACUGUAAAGUAUCGGAUGAUCUUUCGCAUUGAUGUUACAUGGAAGUCAGAACUUGCAUGCCAAGAAUUAUAGAAGAGGAAAAUUUGCAGUGUGUGGCAGUAAUAUUAUAAUAAUUGCAUGCAUUUUACCAUCCUUUUUUGCCUCAUAUUGUAAGCCAGUAUGCAGAUUUUUUUUUCUACAUUCUCUCUGCAUACACAUUGAUGAAUAUAACCAGGGUUCCCACAGUCAUGGAAAAUCCUUCGAAAAAUUUGUGGGCAUGGAAAGUCAGGGAAUUUGGAAAGUUUGUGAAAAGUCAGGGAAUUGCAUUUACCUCUUGGCUAUGGCAGCUUUCCAGUUUGUCAUGUCUCACAACUCUUAUACUCUGCUAUUAUAAUUGGUGUUCGUGAUUUCCAUUUUUCCCAGUUUUGUGACAUCCCAAAUUCAAAAUAAAAACUGGGAAGUCAUGGAAAGCAGCAAUUUAGUCAUGGAAAAGUCAUGGAAUUCUGUUUUCAAAUUUCUGUGGGAACCCUGUAUAACAGUGGGCAAGCUACUAUAAUUCACAAAAGCAUGGAUUUUUGUUCACUGGGCUGAUAAUCUUAGACAAGUUCUCACAAUGUCACUUUGAUGUGUACCACUGUCAUUUUAUUUUAUUACUAUCACCAAGGAAUAGAAUGUAAUAAACCAAAAUACUGAAAAACAUGUGGAUUAUAAUGAAUGAUUGAUCAACGAUGACUGCUAUGAUGGUCACCGUCGGGUCUGCUGCCCUCAGGCAGUCUCCAGAGGGAGCUAUAACCCUUGGCAGUUGGUAAUGAGGCAUAGAACUGUCUUUGAGAUGUUGCCCUUGAGAGUUUCAUGGUCUUCAAAAUAAUAGUUCGAAGAUAAAUGAUGCGAUUGUGAGAGAUACAUGUAUUUGGAAGACAUUGGCCCGUAUUCUGAACUCUGGUUUAAAUUAAACCCUGGUUUAAAGUUGUGGUUCAACUAUGGAGAGCCAAUUGGGGUAUAUAUCCCAAAGAGUACACAUCCAAUUUAUUAACUCAUAUGAGACCCAAAUUGUCCGGGAAUGAUAACUGAAGUAUUUUUCUUCAUUAUGAAAGCAAAAGGAAAUAAAAUAGUAAACAUAAGAAAUAUACAAUAUAAACAGAAUUUUUGUCUCACCUGCAUAGCAGAGUGAGACUAUAGGCGCCGCUUUUCCGACGGCGACGGCGGCGGCGGCGGCGGCGUCAACACCAAAUCUUAACCUGAGGUUAAGUUUUUGAAAUGACAGCAUAACUUAGAAAGUAUAUGGACCUAGUUCAUGAAACUUGGCCAUAAGGUUAAUCAAGUAUUACUGAACAUCCUGCCUGAGUUUCAUGUCACAUGACCAAGGUCAAAGGUCAUUUAGGGUCAAUGAACUUAGACCAUGUUGGGGGAAUCAACAUCAAAAUCUUAACCUAAGGUUAAGUUUUUGAAAUGUCAUCAUAACUUAGAAAAUAUAUGGACCUAGUUCAUGAAACUUAUACAUAAGGUUAAUCAAGUAUCACUGAACAUCCUGCAUGAGUUUCACAUCACAUGACCAAGGUCAAAGGUCAUUUAGGGUCAAUGAACUUUGGCCGAAUUGGGGGUAUCUGUUGAAUUACCAUCAUAACUUUGAAAGUUUAUGGAUCUGAUUCAUGAAACUUGGACAUAAUUGUAAUCAAGUAUUACUGAACAUCCUGUGCAAGUUUCAGGUCACAUGAUCAAGGUCAAAGGUCAUUUAGGGUCAAUGAACUUUGGCCAAAUUGGGGUAUUUGUUGAAUUACAGCCAUAAAUUUGAAAGUGUGUUGGUCUAGUUCAUAAAACUUGGACAUAAUAGUAAUCAAGUAUCACUGAACAUCCUGUGCGAGUUUCAGGUCACAUGAUCAAGGUCAAAGGUCAUGUAAGGUCAAAGAACUUUGGCCACGUUGGGGGUAUUUGUUGAAUUGCCAUCAUAUCUCUAUAAGUGUAUUGGUCUAGUUCAUAAAACGUGGAAAUAAGAGUAACCAAGUAUCACUGAACAUCUUGUGCGAGUUAUAGUAGUUUUCAAAAUCAGCACUGCUGCUAUAUUGAAUCGCGUGAUGCAGGUGAGACGGCCAGAGGCAUUCCACUUGUUGAAUUUUUGGCUCCCCAUAAUUUUGGUACAGAGUUAGACCGUGGUCUAAGUUAAACCUGACUUAAGAAUAUUGGCCAUAGAAUUGACAGAGAAGAGUGGGCAAAUUACUCUGUUGUUUGAUAAUAUAACGGUAAUGAUAGGUCCAUUAGCUCUUGAUUUUUCAAAGGAUGAGAAUGUGACGUAUAUGACAUAACUUGAAUAUAUACAGAGUUUCAGUUAGUAUUUGUGUAUGUGUAUCAUUUUAAGAAAUUCCAGCUACUUCGGCAAAUUGUCUCAGAAAA